CGCCGAUCAGAACACACACAUCUGCACCAGCAGCGAGCGAUUGAGCUGUCUCACGACGCUAUAAUUAGCCCACCGCCGCCCAGACUUUCAACUGAAUAAUAUCGAGUCAGAUUGUUGCCAUUCGAAUACUGUCAUGCCAUCGAUCGAUCGCGAAUCCAAGUGUGGGGACGACGACAUGGACGUUGGCAAUUCGUCGGACCAUACCAGCGACGACGGCAGCGACAGCGACUCGGCCUCCCGCGGCCCCCGCGGCUCUCGCCUCACUUCCCGGCGCCACACUGUGAUGGCCACCCCCCUGCGCUUGGAGCGGGGAUGGGUGCCGCCGCAGUACCCCAAGAGUGCGAGCGACCGCGCCGACAUCCGCCGAGCCAUUCGACACAACUGCCUCUUUUCCAACUUGGACGAACAGGCCAUGACCGUCAUGGUUGACGCCAUGCAGAGGUUCCACUUUGAGCACGGCGAGGUGCUGAUCCAUCAAGGAGACGAAGGGGACCAGUUCUUUGUGCUGGCCUCGGGCGCCGCCGACGUGUUCAUCCACGGACAACGCGUGGGCGGCGUCGAGGCCGACACGACCGCCAACUUUUGCGGCGAAUUGGCGCUUUUGUACGAUUCCCCGCGCGCCGCCACGGUCAAAGUGACGACGCCCGACGUCGUGGCAUGGGGCGUCGACCGCGUCACCUUUAAAAAGGUACUGAUGGACACCACGAUCAAGCAGCGGAAAUUGUACGAAGAGUUUGUGGACGAAGUGCCGAUCCUGUCCGAAUUGACAAAAUACGAACGGUUGACUUUGGUCGAUGCAUUGCGACCUGUGUUUUACGAACAAGGCCAGCCGAUUCUGGAAGAAGGCAGCCAAAGCAACGACUUUUACAUUGUUUCCGACGGCGAGGUCACGUGCACCAAGCAUGGCGAAGAGGUGUCGAGACGACUGGGCAGCGGCGAUUACUUUGGAGAGAUUGCGCUCCUGAGCGACGAAGUUCGGCAAGCCACGGUCACUGCUGCCAGAGACACUACCGUGCUAGUUGUGGACCGCAACACAUUCAAGCGCCUCUUGGGCCCCCUCGAAUCCAGACUUGCGACAAACGUCGCAUUGUACGACCAAUACGUCCGACAGCGAAAGUAGUACAAAUCAAAUGCCAAAUGUCCAUGCAAUGACUUGAUCGUACAAGUACCUGUCAAUCGAUAUUAUAUAUAUAUAUAUCAGUACAUGAAAUCAAGG